GCCGAAAAACAAAACCUGCAUCGGCUAACUAGCUAGCUAGGCGCUACUGUAUUUGUUUUGCAGGCGCAGCAGGUUAUGGCGGUGCUGCUCAGAGGACUACGAGCGGGGCGAGCCCUGCGCGGUCUCAGUAAGGUAACGGUUCCAGUGGCCACAAGCCCGCACUGCACUGGUGUGCGACGCGGCUUCCACCGAGCUGUUCUGCUGCAAGUACAGAAGGAGUCCGAUCCUGAUGACUCCUCCUCCACUACCACCUCCUCCUCCUCCUCUUCCUCUUCCUACCACCAGCAUUACCAGGCUCAUCCAUCUGAGUCAGAGCCGGCCUCGUCUGCAUCGGAGCAAGAGACUCCAACCCCCAAUACAAGCUACACAGACCAGGCAGGGGAGGAGAGCGAGGACUACGAGACAGAGGAGCAGCUGCAGGCGCGCAUACUCACGGCAGCGCUGGAGUUCGUACCACAGCAUGGCUGGUCUGUGGAGGCCAUUUCUGCAGCAGCAGAGACACUGGGCCUGUCAUCUGCUUCUGCUGGCAUGUUCACCAAUGGGGCGGGUGACCUUGUCCUGCACUUCAUCGCCCACUGCAAUGCCCAGCUGACCGAGACGCUGGCCGAACAGCACAACCAGGUUCAGCUGGGCCAGGCAGAAAAAAAGACAACAGCUGAAUUCCUGAGAGACGCUGUGGAGAUCCGACUGAGGAUGCUCAUCCCGUACAUUGACACCUGGCCACAGGCCAUGAGCAUCCUGCUUCUUCCCCACAACAUCCCCGACAGCCUGAAGCACCUCUCCACGAUGGUGGAUGACAUCUGGUACUACGCCGGGGACCGCUCGACAGACUUGAACUGGUACACGCGGCGGGCAGCUCUGACUGGGAUCUAUAACACCACGGAGCUAGUGAUGCUGCAGGACUCCUCCCCUGACUUCCAGGACACCUGGGCCUUCCUCGACAACCGUAUCAAUGACAUCGUCAACAUGGCCAACACAGCCAAGCAGGCACAGGCCACUGGGGAGGCGGUGGUGCAGGGGCUCAUGGGAGCUGCAGUCACGCUGAAGAACCUCACAGGGAUGAACCAGCGCCGAUGAAGCAGGAAGGGGCGGAUUGGGGGUGGGAUGUUGUCUCCUGACACCCCUUUUUACCCACUGCUGUCCACUGUGUCAGGCUGAGAUUGUAUUGCUGGGCUUAUGGCCCGGGUUAUUCUUUUCUCUUGAAUGCAGCUGUGAUGUUUGUAGGGAUUUGUUGUUGUUGUGUUUCUUGCUGCUGCAGGCUGAGUCCACUCCAUAGGCCCCAGGUCACUGUGCCAUAGGUCUGCUCCAUCUCUAAUCUUGGUCCGAAGAAGGCGGUGUUUAGCUCACACGGUUGUGGACACUUUCCCCACUCCUGCAGUGCUCCUCUCUCCCUUUGUAUAAACAA